CAUCUGCCGUACUACAGUAUAAAUUUCUGACCUUGUCGUUACCAUUUCAGGGCAAGCCGAAAAUGAAUAGUAAACAGUCAUGCCGCUGUAAGUGCCCUGCAAUGAUACGUUUGCUGCGGUCGAGUGAUGGUGGCUGGCACAUAAGCGAGCACAGGCCAUCACACAACCACUCCCUUACAGAUAACUGCGGGGAAAAGGUACACUGGCCUUCGCACGGGCAUAUAGAUAUAUAUAUACAAGAGAUCUUGUCAAUCAGCUCCGAGAGAAUAAUGUUAGCAUCGGUGAACUGUACAACAUAAUUGGUAGUUUCUUUGGUUCGAUGAGCAAAGUGCCUUUCACCAAGCAGGCGUUGAGGGGGCUGUGUGGUGAAAUCAGCCGGGAUCAAGUGGAUGAUGAUGUCCGGAAGACAAUGGAGGUUCUCGCGGAAUUGCGUUCAAAAGAUGCUCGAUUGUACUACAGAGUACAAUCUGACAGUGAUAGUCCAGAAUGUGCUUUGGUCAACUGAAGCCAGCAGGAUGCAAUACCGUUACUUCGGAGAUGCAAUAACAUUUGAUAUAUCAUACCGCGCAAACCUGUACGAUAUGCCGUUUGGACUAUUUGUGGGAGUGAACAACCACUUCCAAAGCAUUAUCUUUGGCGGGGUGCUUAUCAGGGAUGAGACAGGGGAAACAUUUGAGUGGGUAUUUAGUGAAUUUAUCCGCAUGAUGGGUGGCAAGCAUCCCCAAACCUUGCUGACAGAUCAGAGCAGGGCUAUGGAAGUUGCAUUACAAAAGGUGUUGCCCCACACAACCAACCUAUGGUGCAAAUGGCAUAUUCUUAAGAAGGCAAAGGAAUCUCUUGGUCCAUAUUAUGCAAAACGGAGCAAGUUUAGAUCAAACUUCCACAAAAUCGUGCAUCACAUGCUUAUAGUCGAUGAGUUUGAAACUGCAUGGGCAGUGCUGACUGAGACACAUGGACUGCAAAAACACCCUUACCUCACACAGAUAUAUGAAGUGAGGACAAAGUGGGCGAAACCAUACUUCAAGGGUAAUUUUUGUGCAAAAAUGACAAGCACACCAUGCAGCAAGAGUGCCAACCAUAUGCUCAAGGAAUAUGUCCCGGCAAGCUGCCCCAUGCAUUUAUUUUUAUGGAAAUACAUGAGGCUUCUUUUUGAUCGGGAAGCAAGCGAGAACUAUGAAGAAUGGCGUACAAAGACAACAUCUCCCGUGAUUAAGAUGAACACCCCGUUGGAGUUCCACGCUAGAACAUCUACACCCUCGCUAUGUUCGAAAAAUUCGGCGAGAUCCUGUAUGAAGCAGGACAAUACAAAGUGGAGGAGGUCGAAAAAGGUGCAAAAUACUAUGUACACCGAUACCACCCAGAGAAGCAUGACAAAUGGUGCAGGGCGUUGUACGUGGUGGAAGUUGUGGACCAAGGCGAAGAGCUUACAUGCGAAUGUGGUAACUUCGAGCACACAGGGUUGCUGUGCUGCCACGCAGUUAAGGUCCUUGAUUUCUUGGGUAUAGACCAUAUACCAGCAAAGCACAUACUCAAACGAUGGACAAAAGAUGCGAGGGAUGUACUACCACAACACUUGGCAUACCUUCAGAAGGAUCAGAUAUCAGUUAACCCCAUAACAUUCAGACAUUCAAAUCUGUACACCCAUGCCCUAGAGGUUGUCAGACUCGGUGAGGCAAACACAAGUGCGUAUGAGUGUGCGAUGGAACUCCUGAAGGAAGCAAUCCAUAAACUGACACCUAUGGCUGCUGUGCGCGACGGGAUGGGUUUAGACGACGUGAUUCAGGCAAACAAGGAGAAAGCUAGAGAGGUGAGUGUGGGGCAAGCACCACAGAUUGUGUAUGGGAGUGACCCAGAUGGUAGUGCAGUCGGUAAUUUACUCAGUUUGAUGGCUCCAGAGCAUACACAGAAGGCAGGCUGGCCAACGAGCAGCAGGGACAAACCUCCAUAUUAUGUCCGUGCUGCGAAGAGCAAGAAACGUAAGAUAGUGACACACCCAGCUGCUGCUGGAGCAUGCGAUACGAGCAAGCCAACACGCUUCUGCAGGAUAUGCCGUCAGCCAGGGCACAAGAGUACCACAUGUCCGCAGAGGGGUGACCUCCCUCGGAAGACAAAGAAGGAAGCGAAAUGCUCAAUCUGCGGGGUGGGAGGGCAUCGGAUGAACACCUGCAACAACCCUAUGGUUGUGCUACAUGCUGUUGAGAACAUGAUCUAUGGCGCAUCUUGGCACAAGACCGACGCGCCGUGAUCAGCCAACAGCCGUCUGCUGGCACGUACCAUAUGGAUCGGCCAACGGCAGUGGCGCCGAUGUUGUUUCUCCCGGUGUUGUUGCCUUGGCGACCAUGACCCUAAAUGGUCAAUGGUCGACAGUAAUUAUACCAUGGUAACCAUGAUCAGGUAAAUGGUGGCGACGAUGACACAAAGGUCUUUGUCACUGGGUUAUGAGUGUUAAGCUCAACUCGUCUUAUUGGCUUCACUGGGGUUGUUGCACUGUACUCCAAGCCUAAUUUAACUAGGUAGCGUGCCUAACUUGGUCAGGGUUUUAGACCUUGGACAUUUUGGCCAUGAUUUUCCAUAAGAAAAAAUGAAGUGCCUUCUUAUAGUUCAAUUGCAGCUGCACUGCUUGUUUGGUUCAGCAAAAUUUCUUGAAGUAUCAUCAGCAUUUAUUCAAUUAAAAUAUUAAUGCAAAGAUUAAUUAGCAGCGAAGAUCAUAUUGAUGGGUAACAUGCUCCCAUUUAAGCAUGGCACUGGCAUUGAAGAAAAGGUACACGAGAGAAAAAACAAUAAAAAUUGAAAUCAUUAUGGAUGGAUGAAAUAAAAAAAAAGGUAUGUAUCAAAAGGAUUAGCAUGGUUGGGAAGUAAGAGAAAAAAAGAAAAAAUUGAAAUCGUCUGGGAUGGAUGGAAUAAAAAAAAUGAAAUCAUCUGAGAUGGACGAAAAUAAUUUGAGUAGUUGGGAAGGGAGAAAAAAGAAGAAGAAAUAAAUGAGUAGUCUGGGAUGGAUGAAAUAAAUGAAAAGUAAUCAAAAUCACCUAAGAUGGAUGUAAAAACAUCGUUGGAUCUGUGCAAUUGCGAAGCGAGAGAAUAAAAAAAAUGGAAUCAUCUAGGAUGGAUGAAAUAAUAAAAUAAAAAUCAUCUGUGGUGAAUGAAAAAGAUCUCCGCAAUUGGAAAGCCUGGAAAAAAAGAAAAUUGAAAUAAUCUAAUAUGGAUGGAAUAAAAAUUAUGAAAUAAUCUGAUAUGGAUAAAAAAGGAUCUGUGCAAUUAGGAAGCAAGAGGAAAAACAAUUGAAACAA